AUGUAUUCUUUUGGUAUCUAUUUCACUCUGUUCNUGGUUGUUCCACAAGGGGAUAGAGUCCUCAUUCGGCUCGAGGAGCUUCCUGAGAAAUCAGCAGGAGGAGUUCUAUUGCCCAAGUCAGCCGUUAAAUUCGAGCGUUAUCUUUUGGGAGAGAUCCUCUCUACAGGUGCUGAUGCUGGGGAAUUGGGGCAAGGAAAGAAGGUUCUUUUCUCAGACAUAAGUGCUUAUGAGGUGGAUUUAGGCACAGAUGCAAAGCAUGUCUUCUGCAAAGCAAGUGAUUUACUGGCUGUUGUUGAGUAAGUGUCAGAAAGCAAUCUGGUUUGUUUCGUGGCUAUCAAUGUAGUUGAAUAUCACAUCUUGCAGCCUCUGAUUCAGUUCUUUUGGUAUCUAUUUCACUCUGUUCUGCCAUUUCUGCUAUGCCCUCUUUCUCAACAUUUCUUAGACCAUUGAAAGGUGUUGGAAGGUAAAUGUUUUGAACUAUUAAUAGUUUAAUUAUUUCGUUAAUGCAUA